ACGACCUGUCAAUUCCUACCAAACCGAGCGCGCAGUCUCUCUCAGAGUUUCCCCACACACAUUGCUCCACACAGUUCAGUCUCAGGCGGACUAGAGUGCUACGAGGGAGGGGAUUUAAACUCGGCAACCGCUCGACAACGCACAAGAGUCAGUGAAGUCAGACCCACCGUGAGCGUCUACUCUGCGCUCCAUGCUCCUGCAAUCCGGCGGGUGUUAAGAUCCAUGGAAGUGGCCGGCUUCUACGACGAGGGCAGCUUUGCUUUCCACAGUCACAGAGACAACGCGAUCAGUCCCGUCAGCUCUUACUGGAGGCUCGGCGACUCGAUGACGGAGGUGGGCAUUGAAGAGCCGGAGAGAGCGAUAGACUUCAGUGUUUACCUGGACACGGCUCUGCACUGUCCGCAGCUGACGCACCAGCAGCAGCUCCAGCAGCAGCACCAGCACCAGCAGCAGCAGCAGCACCAGCAAGGGAGCGUUUACUCUGAUUUCCUGGCGGAAAACAAGAUCAAGAGAGUUCCAGCUUUGCAAAACUACAAGAGCUACUCCCUGCUGAACGAGCUGGAGGCGAGUCAGUGCGACAACUUGCGGGACCCGAGGGAGCCAUACUCUCUGGGCUACACUGAGCUGCAGGAGACGCGUGUGGACAGUGUCCUCAGUCCGGAACUCGUCGGGAGUCGCUACCGAUCCGCUGCUGCUGCUGCUGAGAGAGACGACACCCAGGAAGACGGAAAGAUGGAGAACGGGUCGUCCGGCUUUGACAUGAGGUCGUAUCUUCACUACCAGUCCACCAGCGGCAGUCUGGGGAACAUUUCCACCGCGUCCUCGACCUGCUCCAGCCCGCCCGGCACACCUGCCCCGGCAGGUAAGAGCAGGUCGCCGUCGCACGGCGGCAAAAUGUCCAGCGGGAAGGCGAAGAAACGACUGGACAAGGACAGUGAAGAGUACCGGCUGCGGCGGGAGAGGAACAACCAAGCCGUGAGGAAGAGCAGGGACAAAGCCAAGCUGCGCAACUUGGAGACGCAACACAAAGUGCUGGAACUGGCCGCGGAGAACGACCGUUUACAGAAGCGCGUGGAGCAGCUGUCCAGAGAGCUGGCCACCCUGCGCAACCUGCUCUCUGCCACCGGACAGUGUUAGAAAACCUGCUCCAGCACAGCGUGACCUGCGCACGGAUCACAUCUCACAUCUCCGGGCUCCGCACGUCUGAUCACUGAUGGACUUUAUCCCCGGAGCUGAUCCACUGAGCGAGUGUGUUUUUUUUUUUUUAAAAAAAACAGAAAACGGUACGCUUCACAGGUGAAGACUGCGGCUGACCACCGGUUUACAAAGGACACUUUGAAUGGGACUUAAGAAGUGGGUGCAUGGAUUGCGCAAUCAUUCUCGAUUCUUCACAUGUCACCUGCGCUGUAUUCUCAGAUGUCAUCUUUAUUUUUAUUUUUAUUUUUUUGGUGUUUGCAGUAUUUCUGUGCAGGUUUUUACAUACGUGCGAGUGAAUUAGUACUUUUUGUGUGUGUGUGUGAGUGUUCACAGCAGUGGUUGUCAAGGGAAGAGUUGUGCUGCAGUGAAAUGAUGCAACUCUUUGUAAUAGUAUUGGCAAUGAAUGAAAUAAUUCUAAUUAUUUAAUAUUAAAAGGUGAAAUGCUUUAAUUGUACUUGAUAUUUUAUUGAAUUAAACAGAUUUAUACUUUGUCUUAACAA